AUGGAUUUUCUUAACCCAAGUGUAAGUCGUAUUUAUUCGUGUGCUAGAGUUAGAGUUUCAGAGUCGGUUUCUAUUCCUCCUAAUAGUGAAUUGUUUAUACAGGGAUAUAUUGAUGGUGAAUAUAGGGAUGACGAAGGUCUGCUAGAGCCCUCUAAAGUUGUACAAAAUAAAGAACUUCUCAUGUGCAAGUCUUUAGUUACCCCACAACAUAAAGAAGUCAUUUUCCCUGUAGCAAACUUGAACGAUCGCCCUAUUAAACUAGAUAGGGAUACCAUCAUUGCUAGUUUACAGUCCUUUGAACAAACAAUUCCUUUUGAACAAAAAGAAAACUUAAAAGAUGUAAAUACUUCAAAUCUGCCAGAACAUUUAGAAGAAAUUCUGCAGCGAACUUCUGAACAAUUGAAUGAAUCUCAAAAAUUAUCUAUUCGCAAUCUUUUAGUCAAAUUUCAAGAUAUUUUUGUUGGUCCAGGGGAACCAUUGGGGAGAACUGAUUUAGUUGAGCACAAAAUAGAAACUGGGGACUCAGAACCAUUCAAAAUACCCCCUAGAAGAAUUCCUAUAGCCCAAAGGGAAAUUGUUGAACGUGAAAUUCAGAAUAUGCUUGAAAAUAACAUUAUUGAGGCAUCUAUGCUUCACCUAUUUGUUUGA